UAUGGCACCCUCGAUAUUCUUCCUGUUUUGUACUUGGAUUGUUUGCCUCAUUUUGCUUCCUACUUCCUUUGUUGAUUCCCUAUGCCGUCCGGAUGAGAGCUUUUCCUUGAUGGAAUUCAAGCAAAGUUUCAGAAUCGACAGAACAGAGUGGCUUUGUGAUUAUCCAAAGGUUGAAUCGUGGUCACUAGAUGGACAUGGAGAUUGCUGCUCAUGGGACGGCGUAAAGUGUGAUGAGGCCACCGGUCAUGUGACAGGCCUCGACCUCAAUGGCAGCUGUCUCGUUGAUGCUCAGCUAAGCGGUCCAAUUCCAUCUUCACUUGGGAAUCUAACGCGGUUGGUUCGGCUCUACCUUUCGUCCAACAAUUUGCAAGGUGAAAUCCCAAACUCAUUAUGGGAACUCAAGGAUCUUGAAAUUCUGGAUCUUAGUGGGAAUAAUUUGAGUGGCACCGUGGAUUUGCACAGACUCGAGAACUUGGAAGAAUUAUAUUUGGACUUCAACAACAUAUCUUUUGUUAGCGGGAUCGAGAUGAAUACCAUGCUUUCAAAACUUUUCUAUUUAAGUUUAGAGUCGUGCAACUUGCAAGAGUUCCCCAAGAUUUUAGGCCACCUACGCGGAUUAGAGAGAAUAUAUCUUUCACACAAUAAAAUCGGAGGGAGAAUUCCUACUUGGAUGGGGAAUGGUAGCAGAGAAUCCUUGUGGUAUGUGGAUCUUUCUCACAAUAUUCUAACUAGCUUUGUGGACAACCGCAUCAAUAUACUGCUACCUAACUUGACCUAUCUUGACAUUAGUUCUAACUUGCUCAAAACGGAACUCCCUACUCCACCUCCAUCGGUGUCUUAUUACAAUAUCUCCAACAACAUCCUCUUCGGAGAUAUUCAAUCUAUUUGUGGAGCCAAGUCCCUUGUCACUCUUGACUUGUCCAGCAAUAGUCUAAAUGGCACAAUUCCUUCAUGUCUCAAAAACAUUCAUUCUUUGGAAAUUUUGGAUCUUGGAAAAAAUAAACUUGACGGAAGCAUUCCUUAG